AUGUUGUCAUUUUUUAUUAUUGGAGUUAUCACUAGAAUCAUCACUGAAGUUGAAAUCAUUAUUGAAGUCAGGUAUGUUGCUGUUUUAAUUGCUGAAGUUAGUACUGGAAUUGUUGCUAGAGUUGAGUAA